GCCUGCUUCUUGCUAGGCCAAAUCAUACACGCACAGAGCGAAGCUUGUCUGACGACUCGAGGAUGGCGUCGGCUACCAAGGGCAGCCUGCUGGUGGAAUAUGACUAUCCGCAGCGAUCACGAUCUCGCUCGCUACGACGCUGGCGUCGACCUAUUGCUGCGAUAAUCCUGAUUGCAUUUGUCGCUCUGUUCCAUUUUGGAUCGUCUAGCAGUAUUCUUACACCCUCGUUGGUGGCUCCUAGGAGAGACUUCUUGGAGGGCCUACACAAAUGUCAUGAGAUUCGGAACCGGACUCUUCAAGAACACACAGCAUCGGCCGAUCGAUUCAACCCACGAUGGAACCCCUUAUCCGGGCAGAAACAAGCCAUUCUCAUCCAAAACGCCACUCUGUUUGAUGGAGACUCGACCCGUAAUGAAUUGGUUGAUAUAAUCUUCGACGCGGGAGUCAUCCGGGCUGUGCUCCCCACCAACUUAAACAACCCAGUGCCCAAAGAUGCUCGUGUCCUCAAUGCGCAUGGUCGGUUCAUCACACCUGGUCUGGUUGAUAUGCACUCUCACCACCUCCUACUUCCAUUUCCAAAACUGCCCUCUACCAGUGACGUGAACGAGCGACCGCUCUUGGGACCAAUAACUCCGUUCGUGCGCGCGCUCGAUGGCUUCAAGCCCUACGACCCGGCGAUCAAAAUUAUUGCAUCGGGCGGCGUCACCUCAUCACUGGUUCUACCGGGCUCGGCGAAUAUCGUCGGUGGUGAAGCCUAUCUCGUCAAAAAUUUCCCGCGUCCGGGCCCAAACGGUGAGCCCGUUGUGGAAGAGCUGCUUUUAGAAGAUGGCCGUCCAGAAAUCCAUCGGCAAAGGUACCUCAAGAUGGCUUGUGGGGAGAAUCCAAAGCGUGUCUAUGGCAAUACUAGAUUGGGCUUGGCGUGGCUCUUGCGCGAACAACUCGAGAAAGCACAACAGCUGCUUGAUCGUCAGUCCUCCUGGUGCGAUGCUGCAUUUGCGAUUGAGGGAAUACCUUUUGCGCAAAGUCAUCAUAUCUCGAGCUUCAUUGAGAAAGAAGGAAAGCGACCCGAAUCAUUUGAAUUCGAGACCCUUCUGGCGCUUUUGAGAGGAGAACUCAAUGUCAAUGUGCACUGUUAUGAGCCGGAAGACUUUGAACGCAUGGCUGCUGUUUUGCAUGAACUUGGUGUCCAUCCUCGAGCCUUCCACCAUGCACUUGAGGCAUGGCAGGUGCCCGAACUUCUUAAACAUCUAGAAGAGAACAUUACGAUCGCUACAUUUGCUGAGAAUGCGCUUUUUAAAGCAGAGGCGUACGGAGCCAAUUUGAGAGGCCCGAAGAUCCUAGACGAUCAUGGGGUUAAAGUUGCUCUAAAAUCAGAUCACACUGGCGAAGGAAACUAUGCCAAAGACCUUAUUCACCAGGCAGUCGUUGCUCACUCAUUCGGUCUAUCUGAGGAGAAAUCACUUCAGUCUGUGACAUCAGUGCCUGCUCGAUCAAUCCAGCAAGACCACCGUAUUGGAUACGUCCGCCCUGGGUACGAUGCGGAUCUAGUAAUUUGGGACGAUCAUCCCUUGCAAGUCGGCGCGACUCCCCUUGAAGUGUUCAUCGACGGCCGUGCUCUCUUGGAAAAUGAUUAUGGCGUAAAGGAAUUGGAAAAGACCACGGGUUUGUUCAAUCAAGAAGCACCAGUGGUGCGACCAUUUGUUUCCGAUGCACAGAAAGACGACAUCUGUGCAAGAGUCAAUAAAUCAGUGCUUAUCACCGGAAUCAAACGAUCUCUGAUUGGCACCCCAACCCAUGUUGACAAAUCUGCACAAGGUCUUGUUCUUUUCAUUGAGAAUGGCAGGAUUGCAUGUUUUGAUAAGGAAUCGACAUGUGCUUCCUAUUACAAGGACGGAGAAAUCUCCCAUAUUGCACUGAACAAUGGGUAUAUAACGCCGGGCCUUGUGGCAUUUGCUACUAAUCUCGGAAUACAAGCAAUCCCGUCUGAGAGCUCCACCGGCGACGGAACGGCAAAAAGCGGAGAUAUACUUAACGAACAGAAGAGUGUCCAUUUCGCGAAAUACGGUGUGCAUCUCCACGGCAGAGCAUUUACGAGAGCUCGAAUUGGUGGCGUCACAAAAGCGGUCACGCCUCCACACGGAUCUGGCAUCAUUGAUGGAGUCAGCGUGGGAAUACGGACCAGCGAAACAGCCACCAUUUUGGAAAGAGGUAUUUGGAAAGAUAACGUUGCUCUUCACCUGGCAAUUGGUCAAUCGGCUAAAGAUGACAGCACGCCGACCAUCUCUUCUGAGAUUGAGCACCUCCGUCAGAUACUAGAAAAGGGCCAACAGGAUAGCCAAGAUAUAUAUGCCCAAGCUGCGAACGGAUUACUGCCUGUAGUCGUACGAGUAUUCAAUGAGGACGAUAUCGCCCAACUGAUCUUGAUAAAGCGUGACUACCCUUCGGUUAAGUUGGUCAUCCAUGGUGGACACGGAGCUGCUUUAGUCGCCAAGCCACUGGCAGAGGCAGACAUCCCAGUAAUUCUCACUGGAAACCACGGUGCCCCUGACAACUGGGAAAAGAAGAACGUUCUAAUAGGACCGCCCCUGAGCGAAAGUCCCGCCAAGAUUCUGAUAGACGCUGGUGUCCAACUGGGCCUGGCAGUUCGGAGCGACUCGGCUGUUCAUGGCUUGGCACAAGAAGCUCGAUGGGCCGGCAAGUAUGCGGGUCUGAGUGAUGAAGAGGCCAUUGCCCUUGUCUCUACCAACAUUGAAGAGAUCUUGGGUCUUCGAUCAGCAAGCGAGCAUGGUGGAGGAGAAACCAAACCUUAUAGUGGAGAUAUUGUUGUCUGGGAAGGCGACCCUCUGAGAGGAGAGGGAUCUGUCGUCAUUUCAAUUCAAGAUGACAACAAGAUUGCAGACUGUUGGCCUUACACUGCAGAUGCCAUUUUCUGAGGUUGUCUCAUCGAUGGGGUAUGAAGUGGACAUGGAUAAAUAGGGGAGUUGCGUCUCGUCACAGCUGCAAGUAGUGAGGAUCCCAAAGUGCCACCACAGUGAAAAACAUUGUACAGAGUAUGGGUUAAGCUUUGUAGCUCGUUGUAGCAAGUAGAUAUUCUUCUGACUGGAAAUAUACGAUCAUGUGAAGCUUUCCUCCCAUGCGGUAGCACAAUAUACGGUACGAGGUCAGGACAUUGAAUCUAGAUCAAAUUAUAAGACAAUACUCGGGUACCAUGCGCAUGAACAAAGGCUGAUCAUGGAGAAAAUGAGGACAAUACCAUUGUGUGACGGCCAAGAACGGACGGGCUGAUAUAUUUUCCAACGGAUCUCCUAACGGGAAGGGGCCUAGCCAGCUG